ACAGAGAAGCUGGGAACUGCAGACUCUGAUGCCGACCCCAGAAGACAUCAGGGCCCAACUCAGCUCUGAUCAUGCAGAGCAGCUGAGGAGGAAACUGGUGUCUGAAGAUGACGUACAAGAUGUGGCGUUGGCUCGGAACAUCAGGGACUACCUGUUCCGAGUCAACUUAGAAAAUGGCAGCCGAGCCGGAGUUGUUAGUGAGCUGCAGGUGGCGGAGCUAGAAAAAGCUCGCAAAGAAGACGAUGUGUGGCAGAUGCCGAUCUUUAGACACAAAACGGCAGCUAGGGGUCAAGCUAUUCAAGCUCGUGCGGCUAUAUGUGAGAAAUGUCAGGCCUCUCCUUACUAGCGCGCGUACCCAGCUGUCAGAAAGCAUUUUUUACGGGUUGGCACUGCCAGCGAAAGUGGUUGAAAAUAAAAGAAGACAGAAAAAUAGGCAGGACCAAGCAUCGCGCUUUGGACUGACUGAGGCAGAGUGAAAGCGACACUUAGCACAAUCUGUGUCUAUUGAAUAUAUGGACAUUGUUAAUUGUAUUAAGGUACACGGUAUCGUGUGUGUGUUUUAAUUUUUUUUUUAAGAAACAA